AUGGCCGACCAGGUGGCGCCAGCUGCCGGCGGUGAUGCAGCUGCUGCCGCACCCGCGGAACAGCCCGGUAUGUGGGGCAUGCUGAAGGGGAUGCUGCGCAACAUGUUCUUCUUCUGGUGUGUCAGCUCGUUGUUGAAGGGGUUUACAGGUGGCGGCCAAGGCCAAGGAAAUUCGACCGCUCCAGCAGCAGCCGGCGGGGCUCGAUUCCCGCCGUCCCGGAAUCUGUUCCCAGUCGGUCAACUCUACGAUUUCUACAUGUAUUUGAGUCCUGAAGAAAGCCGCUUCGAACUGUUUGAUGAGACGCCCUUUUGGCAGGAGCUCGGAAUCAAAUACGGAUCAUGGGAGGGAGGACCUAAUAAUGAUGGUUCAUUCGAGAUUGCGAAAACCUUCCCGACACCGGAAUCCCUUCAAAACAACGGCUCGCUGUAUCUUCACGUUUUUGUCACAAAGAGCGGCCAAAGCCCGAACCCGAAGGACCGAAGCUACGUGAAGCGUGAAGUGAUCUACGGCAACCAGCAGCUGAAUAAGUACAAGAAGAAGUUCUACAAGAAGACGGCCAAUUUGAUCACCGGAAAGUCGGAUAAAACCGACGAGGAGCUGGCCAAGGCUGAGGUUAUGAAAUUCGAGGUCCUCAACUUUUGGCACCCAAAUCUGACGAUCAAUCUCGUGGACGAUCAGACAAACUGGAGCAAGGGCAGCUUGCCGGCACCUCUUGAUGAGGCCGUCAAAUUCGACCCGACCGGAAUGUUCUACAAGCCGAUUCUGUUCUUCAACAACUACUGGAAUUUGGGCGCCGAUUAUCAGCCGAUUAACGACACCGUCAAGGAGGUCAAUCUCACGCUGACCUUCUCUCCUAUGUCGCUCUUCAAGUAUCAGCUUUAUGCCAGUCAACAGAUGCGUAACAAGUGGAGCAGCCUGAUGUCAGGCGAUUUCUUUGAGGACGAUGCUGCUGGAGAUGAUCAGGAUCAGAUCAAACAAGCCCUCCUCGAGACUUCUCCUUACCUCCUCGGCAUCACCGUCGUCGUGUCGUUGCUGCACACCGUUUUCGAGUUCCUCGCUUUCAAGAAUGACAUCCAAUUCUGGCGCUCCCGCAAGUCGCUCGAGGGCCUGUCCGUUCGUUCGGUGGUGUUCGGAAUUUUCCAGUCUGCCAUCGUGUUCCUCUACAUUUGCGACAAUGACACCAACUUUGUGAUCAAGUGCUCCGUGUUUGUGGGGCUGAUCAUUGAGAUGUGGAAGAUUCAAAAGGUCAUGGACGUGACGGUCGAUUAUCAGAACAAGUAUUUCGGCAUCAUUCCGCGCCUCAAUUUCGCUGACAAGGGCUCGUAUCUGGAGAGUGAUACCAAGGUCUACGAUCAGAUGGCUUUCAAAUACCUCUCCUGGCUGCUGUUCCCGCUUCUCGGCGGAUAUGCCGUCUAUUCGGUGAUGUACAACGAGCAUAGGGGCUGGUAUUCGUUCGUUCUCUCGAUGCUCUACGGGUUCCUCCUCACCUUCGGCUUCAUCACGAUGACCCCGCAGCUUUUCAUCAACUAUAAAUUGAAAUCUGUUGCCCAUUUGCCGUGGCGCAUGCUGUCGUACAAGUUCAUCAAUACGUUCAUCGAUGAUCUCUUCGCGUUCGUCAUCAAGAUGCCGACGAUGUACCGGAUCGGAUGCUUCCGUGAUGACAUUGUCUUCCUCGUGUAUUUGUAUCAACGUUGGGCCUACCGCGUCGACCCGAAGCGCACCAACGAGUUCGGCACGUCCGGCGAACACCCGACUGGAGUCCCACUCACUGAAGAGGAGCAGAAGGCCAUCGAUGCUGCCGCCGCCGCAAAAGCUGCUGAACCCGCCGCCGAAGCCGUUGCCGAGCCCACACCCGAAGAAAAGAAGACGAAU